UCGCGGGAAAAAAAAUGUUGAUCUCUCGAGUCACACGUCUCGUACUUUUCCAGUUGCGAUACUUUUUCACACAUGGAUACGUUAAUAUGCAAUAAAUGCUUCGCCCCGAUGUACAGAGGGAAACAGCCGUAUAAUAUAACGCAAUGCGGACAUAUUUACUGCCAGGAUUGCUUGCAACAAGCCAAGAAGCAGUGCACGCAAUGCGGGUACAUCGGCUUCAUAUCCGUGACACUGAAAGAGCCAUUGAAGGAUCCCAACGUGCGCCAAUUAUUCGUGCCAUUCGCCGAAACUCUCGAGAUCCUGUUAAAAGUCAACGAGUUUCGAAACCGACAGAUGAAAAUAACUAUGCAGCGCUUUCUCGAACUUGAGAAAAAGUACGACAUACUGAAGGAUCAUUAUUUGACCGUGCAACAUGUCAUGAAAAAACUCACCGACAAGUACUUGAACUUAAAAAUCGAGAUGGAUAAAUUCGACAAGAAGCUAUUGUUCUCCGACGUACAACGGGAGACCUCGCGACACAUGCCGAGUACAAUAAAAACACCGAAAAAUUCUAAUAUUUUUAUUCAUUCGAGCUCAGGAUAUUCCACAGAAUCGAUGAAAUCCGUCGAAGUAAUACCUACGCACUUAGCGAACAUCAAGAGACAGUAUAAAACCGCUGACGGUUUUCGAAUACCUACUGCAACCGCACCUAAACGCAAAAAUAUGAUGCCCAUGAAUUCCUGCGAUAUAGACACGAACCCAAAUAACUGUUUUAUAAAAUAAAAAUUCUCUCUCCUUCGUUUCUCACUUAUUAACAAUUGUAUAUCCACAUAAUACUAGAUUCCUUCGUUACUUCGCGUAAUUUAAAAAUUAUAUACGAACUUAUAUCUAUGUAUGAGUUUAUUUUCUUUUUUU